GUAAAAAUAUGGUUUAAUCUUAAUGGCAGCAUAUAUAACUUUUUUUUAUUUUAUAGACAGCUUUAUAAACGAAAAGCAUAUUCAGCGCAUGCGCAUAAGACUUAUUUCAACUUCCCUCACGCGUUUAAACACGGAAGUAAAAUAAAGAAAAUUGAAAGUUCGAUUCAAUUUUAAAUCAGACAGUGAUGUAUAAAACCCAUUCAGGACCUUCUCAGAAGACGGAUGCCUCUUCACGUGAUUUCUCUCACACUUUUCCAUUAAAUGAUCCAGAAAGAAAUAUGAGUGAGGAGGAAAAGGAACAAGAAAGACUUAUGAUGGAGAUACAAUACAUGAUGUCAGAUGAAAUUUUUGACGACGUUGUUAUAACACCUACACCGUCAGAUAAAUUUAGUUUAACAGAAAGAUUUGGCAGGCUAGAAGUAUUCAAAAAACCUGUGUUGUUUAUCUACUCUGACAGUGACAACAACCUGAAAAUUUCAGAAGAUGUUAUGGCACAGAUAAGUAGUAUAGAUGUAACGUUAAAUGUUGUUGCUGUAUGUGGCUUAUAUAGGACAGGAAAGUCUUAUCUGAUGAACAGGUUGGCGAAGGAAAGGAAAGGAUUUUCACUUGGGAGCACAGUUCGGUCUGAGACAAAGGGUAUUUGGGCCUGGUGUAAACCUCAUCCAACACAAACAGAACAAGUUUUACUUUUACUUGAUACAGAAGGUUUAGGGGAUGUAGUCAAGGGGGACACUGAACAUGAUAACAAGAUGUUUAGUCUCACAAUGCUUCUCAGUAGCACACUCAUUUACAAUAACACGGGCGUUUUCAAUCAAGAUGCUGUUGAAAAAUUAGCUUUUAUAACACGAGUAUCGAGAAAUGUACAGGUUUUGCCAAGAUUAGACAGAAAAGAAAAUGAAGAUACUAUGAAAAUAAUCACUCCGAUUUUCAUUUUGUGUCUCCGAGACUUUUAUCUCGAGGUGAAAGACGAAGAUGGUACAGAAAUGUCUCCGGAUAAAUACUUUGAAAAAUGUUUAUCAAGGUCAGACGGCAAAGGCAAUGAGAAAAUUGACGAAACGAGGGAAUGUAUCAAAAAAUACUUUCCCAGAAGAAAAUGCUUCACGCUCGCACAACCAGCUAUGGGCAGAAAGCUUGCCAAAGUUGAUGAUUAUGAGGAUUAUCAACUCAACGACGAAUUUGUAAGUGACUGUAACAGUCUUCAAGAAUAUGUGUAUGCAUGUGAACAUAAAGUUACAGAUGGCGUAACAAAGGCUCCAAUUAAAGGUUAUGACUUUGAAUCGUUUACGCGAACAUAUGUGGGAGCAAUGCGAACAGGAUCAAUGUUGUCAUACGAGAAAGCAUUUGAUCAAGUGUCCAAGUUUCACAACAGCAAGCUAGUUGUAACAUCUGUACAUGAAUUUGAAACUGAACUAAAAGAAAUGAAAAUGCCCGUAAAGCGUAAAACGGACAUAGAAGGAAAAACAUUUGAGAUACUUAACAAAAAGCUCAAACAGUUGAGGGAGAAGAUGUAUCCGUACAAAGUUAAUAUUUUUGAAGAUGAAGCAAUGAAAAAAAUGAAGACAAUUGCUGAUGAAUUUCGUGAACAAAACAGUGCACUGGUUCUACACACUUUACUAGAAGCUCUUGAAAAGCUUCACGAUGACAUCAUUAAACAAAAUGAGAUUUGGUUUGAUUCAAAGGAAGGCUUGAAAUUGUACAGCCAGAAUAUCGAUUGUAUGAAAGUCAUGUUCAACAGCGAAAUGCAAGACUAUGACGAAGAUGAGCGGUUGAUAGCAAUUAUCAAUUUCGAAAAGAGUAUCGAUGAUGAGAAAGUGAGAAUCGCUUUCAACGCACAAUUGCAUGAGGAGAAGGAAAGAAAAGAGCUUUUGGAAAAAGAAUUAAACAAAAGCGUUAAGCUUAUGUUCGAUCAAAGGUUUGAGAAACUUGAAGCUGAGCGAAAUGCACACAUGGAAAAGAAAAUGCGUGAAUUCGAAAGAAAUUUCACAGAAAGGGCUGGUGAAGAAGCAGUAAAAAAGAAGUCGUUUCUUGAACGCUUCAAACUACUGUUUAUAUAGAGAAAAUGUGUUUGUGGAAGGAAUAUUAUUAACAUAUUUUGAAAAAGUGCAGAUAUUAAUUAUAAUCAUGUUUUCUUUAUGAUUUUUUUUCGCAAACAUUCGCUCAAUUUAAACACAUAUUUGUUCGCUUUUGUGUUCGUUUGUUUGUUUGUUUGUUUGUUUGUUUGUUAGAUCGUUCGUCAUUUGUUUGUUUGUUUUUGAUACUGGUCUUACCGCGCCGAGCACUAUUAUUAUUAAGGUUAAAGUGUCAGUACACGUUUAUUUAAUGUUUAACGUAAAUCUUAGAAUAUAAGGUUAUUUUCUCUAAUUAAUUGAUUGAGCUUUUUAAUUGAACUAUUUCAAAAAGAUCUUUACGUGAAAUUUUUCGAAAAAAAACUAUCAUUAAAAAAAAAGAAAAAAAUUCAAAGUGAAAUAUUAUGCUAUACAAAAUGGAUAAUCGUCUCUUGUUAAAAGGUGAGAAUGUGUUACUAUAGUGUGUACAAUUCGACAUCUAAGAGAAGCCUUAUGAUUGGUAAGACAUGUAUAUGAUACUAGUAUCAUGAAUUAUGUUUAUUUCGGCUUUUUCACACUUUGAUAUCAAUUUCUCUAUAUAAGUUUCCUAAAAGAAGGUUUUAAUCACUUUUUGGUAAUAAUAAGUCUACUGUUUGAGUAUUGAAUGAUUCUUAAGCAAAAGAUUAUAUUUUUGUUAUUUCCUCAUAUGCCUACGUAGCUUAAUUUGAAUCCAAUUGAGGGGUUGCCUAAAAGGGUUAAGACAUCAAAAUUGCAGCCAACGUUUAUCUGUGCGUGAUCGUAAGAGACAACUUACUGGGUUCAAACUACUGAAGUCUAUGCAUCACUUAACUCCGUCACAUGAGGUUGUUUUGAUCCCUGGUGUUUUUAAGUGUGUUAUAUCCAUAAUUAUGUUAAUAAUGAUUUGACUGACUAAAGAUUUAAAACAUCGUAAACUGUACUUCAGCAGAAGUCUUUUUUAAGUCAUUGUUGUUUGCUAUUUAAGAUCUACUAGGUGAAACUAAGUACUAAUAAGGAAUAACUUUGUCAUAAUUAGGCUUUUAUUGAUUCAAAACAAGUUUCAUUCAAAUUCAACAAUAUUGAAAUUUGAUUCUACUGCGAACUCAUGUGUCUGUGCACGUGUUUGUCACGUUACUUUUCCUGCCAAAAUGUUACGUUUUUUUGAAAAGUUAUAUAUUCAAGCUAGGUUACAGAGACUAUGCAUGCAGAAACAUAAAUUUUGUAUUUAUGUUUGUUGUUGUUUUUUGUUUGUUUGUUUUUGUUGUGUCUCUUUGUUCUUUUGUUAUUGUUGUUGUUGUGGGUAAGUUGUGUAAGGGUGUUUUUUAAGUUGGCCCCGAUGACAUUUACAUGACUCCCUGCGCAUGACGUAACCUUUUUUAAAUGACUUGCUUUAACGAACGUGUUUAUCUCAUAGCACUUAAUCACGUUUUUACGAGGUUAAGUGCCCACUACGCUUGAGGGCAGGGAACAUGUUUGCAAAAGUGGCAGUUCACAUAAUGGUAAAUAUCAUUAAGAUUUGACUAAAAAGCGACACCGUAAAAAUAACGUAAAUAUACAAUUAAGAUUUUUGAGCUUAUGUUUAUCAAGUGUUUAGUUAUAGCUUAUAUUGUGACUCUGCUAUGCUUUAUUCAUAGCUUGGUUCUAUUCAAAACGUUGUGUUUAAUAACCUUUUCAAAAUUAAUAUUUUUAUACUUAAAUGUGCAUUGAUAAAAAGCUGAAAUUUUGCUUCGAAACGUCAAUGACAAUCAAAGUUAGAAAUAUUGAAAAAUCACAUAUUCAAAAUCUCCAUAACUUAUUUAGACAUAUCACAGAUAUCAUACGUUAUUGUUCAGAAGAUGAUACAGUUUUGAUAAAUCUUGUUUCAUUGUUUUAUUUUUGUUCUGUCAAUAAAUAACAAAUUAGUCGUAUAAAUCAGUACAUUACUGAAAUUCGUUAAUUUGUACCUUAGGAUUAAGUACAUACAUAACUUCAAUAAUCGUUACAUGAUAUAAAAUACGGACUUUCGAAAUGUAUUAUGUUCGCACAUCACAAUGCCUUGUGAAUUCAUGAAAAUAGAUCAUCAUUCUGGCAAGUAAUAGUACCAGCGUUGUUUAGGACGUAAAUUUAUCUCAUUACAAGACUUGAUGUCUGCCUUGUUGGAUUGUCGUUUACGGUAGGUAUUGUCUCACCCCACUCCCCCUCCAUAUUUUUUAUCCCUUCCCUUUUUCGCCUUUACAGCCCUUAUCCCUUUAAUUCCAAUAUGGGCCUGUUUUAAUUGAUAUUAUUUCACACAUCACAUGUCCCUCUCCUUCCCGCUCUUAUGUCCACUCCGGGUUUUGUUUGGUGCCUUAUGGAUGCCUGUCUUGGGUGUGUCAGGGGGGGGGGGGGCUACGUCCUGUGAACGUUGCCUUUGCCUUGUUGAUCUUUAUUCUUGUUGUGUUUUAAACACUGAUCACUUAAAUGCUGACAUUAAAAAGAGAAUGCCAUGUACAUGU